AAAAAAAUGAUCAUGGUUUGUCUACAUUUUACGUUUGUGACGUAUUUUUUUUGUGUGAUUGUGUAAAAAAAAUGAUUGUUGAUCAAUCAAAUUAAUUUUUUUUUUAAAUUUUUAUAAUGCCUGUUCUAGUCAAUUUUAAAAUUUUCUCACCCGAAUUUAAAUUAUGAUCGAAGACUUGUGCCAUCUCGAUUCCUGGGGUCUGCCUCCCCAAAUCGUUGACGUAAAUAUUUUGUACUUUGAUUCCUAAUAGUAUCAUUUGCGUGAACAUUUUUUUAUGUUGUAUAAUUAUUUUAGAAUUAUAAAAAACGAGGCAUUGUGUCAAUGUUUCCUUGGCAAGUUGAGUGUUUAACAUGUGAUGGUGUUUUGGAUGGACAAAAUCUUGUAUACUCGGCACCUACAUCAGCUGGUUAACAUUUUAUAUAUUUGUUUUAUUUAAUUUAUUUUUAUAAGAAUUGAUAUUAUCUUAAACUAUAUCUAUUCUUCUUAUUAAAUUACUAUUUUAUAUUAAAUUUACUAGAUUACUAUUAUUUUAUGUUCAGGCAAAACAAUGGUUGCUGAAAUUUUGACAAUGCAAACAGUUUUAGAGAGAGAUAAAAAAGUUUUAAUAAUUCUUCCAUUUGUGUCAGUUGUACGAGAAAAAAUGUUAUAUUUUCAGGUAAACAUAAAUAUAAAUAAAUAUUUUUAUUAAACUAUUUUCUUAAAAUUAUAAAAUAGUAAUAAUCAAUAUUGAAUGCAGGAACUAUUUGAAGGCACAAACAAAAGAGUUGCAGGAUUUAUGGGUAGUUAUACACCAACUGGUGGUUUACGAUCUGUUAAUGUUGCUAUCGCUACAAUUGAAAAGGCUAAUGGUUUAAUCAAUCGGUAAAAUAUGAAAUACAAUUUCUAUUUAUGGUUACAUACAAUUAAUUUUAAUAAUCUAACUUUAGUUUGAUGGAGGAAGAUGAACUACAAGAUAUCGGUUGUGUAGUUGUUGACGAACUUCAUAUGCUAGGUGAUUCCAAUAGAGGGUACCUCCUAGAAUUACUAUUAACAAAAAUCAAAUACAUGUCUAAAAUGUAUGCAUUAUUAUAAUUUACAACCAUAUUAUUAUUUACUUUGAUUAUUUAUUAAUAUUUAAAAUAUCUGAUUUCAGAAGAAGUAAUAUAUCAAUUCAAAUUGUUGGUAUGUCUGCUACAUUGCCAAAUUUAGAAAUGCUUGCAAAAUGGUUAGAUGCCUCGCUAUAUCAAACUGAUUUUCGCCCAGUGCCUUUAAAAGAGUACUUAAAAAUUGGACAAAAUGUAUAUAAUGUUAACAAUCUUUCUUUAAGUCAUAUUAUUAAACCCAGUGUUGAAAUCAAAGUAAUAAGAAAUUAUUAUUAGUAUUGAUUAAAUCAUUCAAUACAAUGAAUAUUGUGUGUUUAGAAAGAUCCCGAUCAUGUAAUAUAUCUUUGUGUUGAUACUAUUCUUCAAGGAUAUUCAAUAUUAAUAUUUUGUUUUACAAAAAAAUGGUGUGAAUCUUUAGCUUUGGAAAUUGCCUCGGAAAUUAAGCGAUUAGGUAGCAAAAUGUUAUUUGUUUUAAUUUGUUUAAUAUUCAAUUUUUGUUUUAAUUGUAGGUGGAGAUAAUAAAUCAAAAGUUGGAAUAGAUCUACGCCAUCAACUAAAUGCCAAGAGUCUAGGAGAUGUAUUGGAGCAACUCCGAAGAUGUCCUGUUGGCCUUGAAACUGAUUUAAGUAAAACCAUAUCAUUUGGAGUUGCUUUUCAUCAUGCAGGUAUUAUUUUAGAUCCUAAGUGAAGUGAGGGAUCUCUCCUAGAAAUCUUGCUCCAAUUAAAACACAAUAAAAGAUUUUUUUUUUGCAUUUUAGCUCUAGUUGGUACUUUAAAAAGGCUAUUUUUUGAAAUUCUCAUUAAUACCCGAGAUGAUGAAAAAAAACUGGUUCUUUAUGCUAAAAAAGAUUAAAAGAUUAAAAAUAAAGUUGUCAUUGGCAACCAUUUUUAUUUAUUUUUCGUUAUUAUUAAGUUUUUAUUAUUUUAUUAUUUUAAUCUUUUCAAAACAAUUGUUGCUAUUGUGAAAUCAUAUAUUUUUUUUUUUAGAUUCUGAGUAGAGCGAGGACUGUAUUGGUUUUAUAAUGAUAUUUUAUUUUUUCUUAUGUGAACACUUUGUCUACCAGAAAGCUUACCCUGAUAAUCAAGUAUAGCAUAAUUUCUGAAAAGAAAUGUUCUCUGAGUGGUACUUUAGAGAAGCUAUUUUUUUGAAAUUAUCAUUAAUAUUCGAGAUAAUGAGGAAACCUAGUUCUUUAGGUUAAACUAGAUUGAAAGAUUAAAAAUAAGGUUGUCAUUGGCAAUCAUUUUUAUUUAUUUUUUGUCAUAAAGAUUUUAUUAUUUUAAUAUUUUUAAAACAAUUAUUGUUGUCAUAGUAAAGGAAUUUGUUGUUAUCAUUUUACCAUAAUAUAAGUUAUCUAAUUUAACCUCAGAAUCUUUUUUUUUGUUGACAAUGGUUUAUCAUUGCUUACAGGUAUAAAUUAAAUAACUUUAUGCAUCCCACCUUCCCAAUUACCCACUUAUCUACACAAGUUCUGGGUUUAGAUUAGAUAUGUGGGUUUUCUUCUUCCUUUUUUCCCUUUAGUUUGUUAGAAUUGUGUUUAGAUUUUUUUGUACAUACAAAAGUUCAUUGAAAAAAUAUAAAGAAAACAAAAAAAAAAUAUUGCUUGCUAAACUAGAAUGAUUUCUAAUUUUACAUUUUUACUAUAAUAUUAGUUUUAUUCAUUUUUACUCUAUCUAAAUAAUUCAGACAAUUUUUUAGUCACAUGUUUAUUGAAUUAUUGAGAUUACUUUUUAACAGCUCUAUAAUAUUUUCUUAAAUUCUCUUUUCAUAUGAAGAUAAAAUCUAUUUUUGCAGUUAUAACUAAAAUAAAAAGGUAAAGCUUUUGUUAAUUGGCCUAUUAAGGUUUAUAUGCAUUUUGGACAUUAGCACAAAAAGUUGUAGGUGAAAUAGUGUUAAUUUUUAUACCUAGUUAUUUGUUUUUCUCAAUUGUUAUAGUAUACCUCUGUAAUUAAUCUAUUUAAAAAAAAAAUUUUUAUUUUAUUUUUUAAAAUUCAUAUUUUAGUUUUUAAUAACAUCUUCAAAUUGUUAUUAGUAGUUAUUGUGUUAUUAUAACAAUGUAAUGCUUUUAUUUCUUGAAAUAGUUAAAUGGAAAUAGGCUUAAAAAUUAUAUCUAAAACAUUUUUAGGUAGUUUAAUUUAAACAGCUUAAAGAUUUUGAUAUUUUAUCAUUGUUUUUCAUAUUCAUAUGUGAGUAUUUUUAGGAUAUCUAUAUAAUCUUCCCAUAAAAGUUAAAAAAUAAUACUAUUUAAUAUGCUAAGUAAAAUAGUAUAAUGUUUUCAGUUUUUUGUAGGUCUUACAAUGGAUGAGAGAGAUAUAAUUGAAGGAGCAUUCAAGCAAAAUAUAGUAAGAGUUCUAGUUGCCACAUCAACUUUAUCCUCUGGUGUAAAUUUGCCUGCACGAAGAGUAAUUGUGAGAUCCCCACACUGUCAUGGAUUUCCUAUUGAUAUUUUACAAUACCGACAAAUGAUUGGACGUGCUGGCAGAAUGGGUGUUGAUACUGCUGGUUAGUUGUUUUUGUUUUAUUUGAAGUAUAAGAUAAUUUGUUUUUGUUAUUAUAGGAGAAAGUUAUUUGAUAUGCAAUGAAAAUGAACGAAGGAUGGGCGAAGAAGUUGCUACCCAUAACCUUCCACCAAUAAAAAGUUGUUUAGGCGUUGGAGAUUUUUCUAAUUGUUUAAAACGUGCAUUAUUGGAAGUGGUUGCAGGUUGUGUUGUUUGUACUACAGAAGAUGCUUUUGAGUAUAUUAAGUGUACUUUACUUUAUAUAUCAACUGGUGAAAAUUGUAUGCAUAUAAUAUUAAAUUAAUUUUAAUAAACUUUAUCUUAUUCAGUUGUUUUAAAAACUAUUCUAGUUAAUGAAAAUCUAAUUCACCAGUGUCUCAAGCUAUUAACUGAACAUCAAUUUAUACGGGAAAGUGACAAUAAGUUAGCUCCAACUAAUUUGGGACAAGCAUGUCUUGCAGCAUCUGUUACACCUGAAAUUGGUCUAAAAUUGAUUAAAGAACUAGAUAAAGCAAGACAAAACUUUGUGCUUGACUCUGAAUUACAUUUACUUUAUUUAGUAUGAUAUUUUGUAUAUUUUAUAUGUAUAGAUUUUAUUUUAUUACGGCAAAAUUUAUAUUUCAGAUUACACCUUAUUCAGUUAGUGAACAGAUAGGACAUUUGGAUUGGUUUAGGGUUUUGAAUGUAUGGGAAAAAUUACCAUAUUCUAUGCGCAAAGUAGGUGAUAUGGUCGGCAUUGAAGAAGGUUUCAUUGUUAAAGCAAUGACUGGAACCAGUUUUAGUACGUCUUCAGAUGUAAGAUUAUGAUUUGUUAUUUAUUAAUUAUUGGUUUGUUUUUAUAAUUUAUCAGGCGCUGUAAAAUAUAAUUGAUCCUCCAUUACUACUUUUCUGUUUAAAAAUAGUCAACUUAAAAGUGAUACCAUUUAAGUUUUCAUUAAAAAAAGAAAUGUAUAGUGAAAUGUACUGUGACAUAAAGUUAGAAAGACUUUGUUUAUUACUGUUCAUUAUUUUUUAUUUAUUUAUGAUUAUAACUUUAUCAAUUAAUUAUAUUUUAGAUUUGGUCAAGAAAAUGAUUAAAAUAUAUUUUAAAUAUGUAAGAUAUUUAAAUAUGGUAAGGUGUUUUAGAACUUAUAAUCUUAUUUAAUUGCAGGACAGAAUAACUAAACUAAGGUUUUACUAAGUAGGUAUAUUUGGUAUUUAUGAAAUAUUAUAAUAGCUAUAAUUAGGUUUUAUUAUUUUAAUAGACGAUAGGCUAACACGUUUUUAAGUAAUUAUUAUGGAAUUUCAGAAACACAAAUUAGCUGUUCACAGAAGAUUUUAUACAUCACUCUUAUUAAAUGAUUUGAUAAAUGAAGUUUCUAUUAACACAGUGGUUGCCAAAUUUGGCACAUCUAAAGGUCUUUUACAAAGUCUGCAGCAAUCAUCAUCUACUUUUGCUGGUUAGAUUACAAAAAUAUUUGUAUUGUUUUUUUAUUUACUUAUUUAUUUUUUUAGGUAUGGUGACACAAUUUUGCAAGAGACUUGGUUGGUCAUCUUUGGAAUUAUUAAUAUCACAGUUUUCUGAAAGACUACAAUUUGGUGUACAAAGACAACUUGUUGAGUUAUUACGUUUAGAUUGUUUGAACUCAAUUACUGCCCGAACAUUAUUUAAUGCAGGAAUACAAACUAUCCCAGAACUAGCCUUAGCCGAAUUGCGUUUAGUGCAGCGUGCUCUGUCCAAAGCAAUUCCAUACCAAAAGUAAACAUUUAAUAUAAAAUUUUUAGAAAAUUAAAAAAAAAAAACAAAUUUUUAUUAGUAAUGAAAAUACUGAUGAUGUUAAUGACGAAGAAGAAAGAAAGAACAUUUGGUUGGCUGGACGAUUUGCUCUCAAUGCAAAAGAAGCAGCUAUUUAUAUUAUAAAUGAAGCAAGACAGCUUUUAAAAGUAAGAUUUAAUGUCUUCAAUAAAUUGUGUAAAACGGGUUUGAUAAUACUUGGCUUAUAAUUAUUAUUUAAACUAACUUCAAAGGAAAUAUUAAGACGUUUUUAUUGAAUAGUUGCCAUAAUAUAAUAUAUUUUACUAAUCAUUAAUUGAUUCAAAUUUUAAACAAUAUGAUAUGAUUAUUUUUUUUAUAGAGAGAACUUGGUCUUAAAACUGCUUGUUGGGUUGAAAAUAAUAACAAUGAUGAAAAUGAUUUAGAUACAACUGUGGAUUCGGUAAAGAUACGUCCUACAACAUCAAGAGAUGUAACUGUGAUUGAAACUAGUCAAGAAAACAACAAAUCACUAGAGUCUUUAGUAAAAGAUUCACCACACUCAUCAAGAGGAGAUAGUGUUGAUUUAUUUUCCAAAUCUGAUUGUAUAAAUAGUGAACAAGUAGAAGUCUUAAGUAAAGAUUAUAAGCGAGAAAGUUUGGAUCUAUUUGAUGGGUCAUUUGAACAAACUAAAUUUAGUAUUACUGUAAAUGUUUGUUCAGAUAAACUUAUUAAUAACUCAAUAAGUGAUUCAUAUUUAGCAGAAUUGAUAAACAUCAAGACACCCAAAGAACCUGAAGAGAAAUGGGAUUGUAAUAACGGAGGAGAAGGUAUCUUGGAAAUGAGUCAAAGAGAUUUUGGGUCCAAGAAACGAAAAAGAGAAGAAGACUUGCAAGUCGAGAAAGAUAAAUUACAUGAUACAAUUUUGGAACCUCAGCCAAAGUAUAAAAAAAAUGACGAAUCUAAUGUUUGUCAACCUUCAACUAGUUAUUGUCAACCUUCAACUAGUCAUUAUCAACCUUCAACUAGCCUUACUAAAUCUGAACAUGGUAAUUUAUUUGAAAGCACAAUGUUUUCAGACUCCUUAAGAAUUGAUACUCAACUUGAUCGACUAUUGAACGGUCAUAAUAAAUCAAGCAUUACUAAUAAUAUGAUAUCUACAGAAAUGAGCACGAGUAUAAUGCAAAUGGCAUUUCAAAAUACUUUUAAUUUAAUGUCAAAUACAAUCAUAUCUCCAAAAAUAUGUCUUGUCGAUAAUACUUGUAAAGAUUUAAUUAUAUCCGAUUCUGAAGAUAUGAUUGCUGGGUCUCAAGAAACUACAUCUAGUGGUCCAUCUCCUCGCAAGUAUGUUUUGGUUUUAUUGAAUAUAACAGCAUAAAAAUUAAUAAUAAUAGUUAUUGAUUGUUUAUAAUUUAUUUGUAUGCACUUUAGAGAAUCGCCAUUGAAACCAGACAAAAAUGCGAAUUCAAUAAAAUUUGAUACAUGGGCAUAUAAAACUAAAAUAAUAGAAAGUAUAGAAUCGUUUGCUCGUGAACAUUUUUCAGAUAUUAGACGUAGGAAAGAAAUAACUAUAGCUUUGAAUUUAUGUAAAGAAACUAAUAUUGAACAAAAAAUUGGUGCUAAAGCUGUUAGACGGAGUUUAGAAAACAAAAAUAAAAAUGUAUUUAAAUUUAAUGACCAAGUACUAAAAGGUUUUGCCAUUACAUGGCAUAAACAGAUAGUUGUGCAAUAUGCAAAUUUUAAUAUAGUUGGUAUGUAAUCUAUUUGUAAUCGUGUGUUAAUGGACAUUGAAAUUAUUAUAUAUUUGUUUUUUUAUAGGUCCAUCUGGUAUAAGUCUACUGAAAAAGUUAAUAUCCAAUAAGAAUUUAAUUGUUAACAUAACUGACGCAAAAUUAAACUACAAAAUUAUCUCUCAUUUUUGCAAGAUUAAACCCGUUUGUAAAUUCAGAGAUCCUUUUGUAGCAGAUUGGUUAAUAAAUGGUCAACACAAAAAUUCAUUGAAGAAUUUGGUAAUGCAUUUUUGUUUAUAUUUAUAAUCAAAAAUAAUUGUUUUGCUUUUUCAAGAGGUAUUUUAAGUUGUUAGCUAUCUAAAAACUAUAUUUUGGUUUAGAUUCAGUGGCAUUUAAACUUCCAAGGAAGUGUUCAAACAAAUGAUGCAUGUUUUAAUGCAUUUAUCACUCAAAAAUUAAUGACAACUUUAAGACAUCAACUCAAACAAAUAUAUAUUUACAAAACUUUUAAAGGUAACUAGGUACUAUUAUUAUUCAAUCAUAUAUCAUAAUCAUGGUAGAACCUAGAAGUAUAUGAACAGCCUUAUAUUUAUUACUCAAAUAAUUGUCCCAGUGGAUAUGUUUGAUUCACGAGCUUAUCAAUAGAUUGCACUGUAUUCUUUUGGCACUAAUUUUGAUACUUAUAAUACACAAUUCAUACAAUAAACGAACAAAAAGUCUCAUCAAAAACAAAAUUUCACAUAGUUUAAGAUAAAUGAAGAUAUGUAUUAAUAUAUUAUAAAUUUGACGUUAUGCUAGGUAAAAUGUAAAUAUUAAUUAAUUAUAAAAUAAUAAAGUAAAAAUAAAAUUAUUAAAAUGGUUAAUAUUCGUAAUAAAUAAUUACUCAAAUAAUAAGCCAAUACAAAUUUAAAAAAAAUAAUAUAUUAGUAAUUAAUUUUUGUCAGGUCUACCCAAUUUUUCUAGCAUACACAAUUAUAAAAAAAAAUUGUUGGAUUACUAUGUUUGAGGUUAUUAUGUUUAAUAUUAAAAACAUUUUAAUUUUUUUUUAUAAAAAAUUGAAUGUAGAGUAAUUUUAAAAUUGUAAAAUUAUAUAUAAUAUACAUUUUAUAUUUAUAUGUUUUGCAAUAUAAUAUAAAUGGUUGUGAUGUUGUGUGAAGGUUCUAUUUUGCAAUUAUAAUAAAUCAGUUAAAAGUAAAAAAAAAAGUGACACAAUAAAUUAUUUUUAUUAUUAUGAAUUUAUUUUAUUAUGGUGAAUAUCUUAAAACAAUAAAAUAUAUAAUUCAUAUUUCAUUAUAGACAAAAUAUAAUAGGUACCUACCUACAAUAAUAGUAUAAUCAUUUUAGUUAGGGCCAAAAGAUUAUUACAUGAUCUAAUGGUGAGUAUUUUUUUAAUACAUGUUUUUUGAGACACAAUUUUAAUAGUUGUGCUUAUACCAGUUAAUCUACCUUGAUCAUAAUUCUUAUUUUCAUCUGUGUAAUUAAUGUUUUACCAUUAGAUAUAGAAAUGCCCAUACAAGUUGUUUUGGCAAAAAUGGAAAUGUACGGUUUUGGUCUAAAUAAAGACCACUUGGUAGAGUUAAAUAACACAGUGAAUCAUUUAAUGGAAAAUAUUUCUCAACAAGUACUUGAAUUAUCAGGAACUAAGUUUAACAUGCAUUCAACAGUAGAGUGGGCCAGAGUAUGAAUAUAAUAUUAUUUGUUUGGUAAUCAAUUUCAUAAUGUAAAUUUGAUUUAUUAGGUAAAAAAAAAAUUAAAACUGUCUGAUGAUUCUUCGCAUCCUUUGGUUUUAUUGGUAAAAGAUUGGCGAAAAUUGAGUUGCCUUAGAAACAAUGUAAGUACAUUAAUGUUCUAUGUUUGAAAUAACUUCAGAUAUAUUAAUACAUUUUAAAUACAAUUUUUAAUUUUAUAGCAUAUAAAUAUUUUUUUGGCUACAAUUAAUGAUCGUAUAUAUUGUGACAGUAAUACAUUUUCUAAUACGGGUAGAAUAAGUAUGCACGAACCAAAUUUACAAAAUGUACCUAGAGAUUAUGUUAUUGGAAAUGAAUUAAUAAGUAUUCGAUCUGCAUUUGUAUCCAAACCAGGUUUGUUUAAUUUGUAUUUUUAACUUUAAUUAUAAAUGUAUAAAGCCAAGUAUUUAUAAUCAAUUUUAUUACUUAUGUGUCAUAAUUAUUUUUAAUUCAUAAUUAAUUUUCCAAAGAUUUUGUGGUAUAGGAUAUAGGGCAUAUAGUAAUUUUUAAAUUAUUUCUAGGCAUUCGAGAUAUUGUUAACCUGUACAUUAUAAUAUUUACAGAAAUCUACUCAUAUUAAAUAUAUAUAUGAAUUCUAUUUUUUUGCAUGUAAACAAACUUAAAAAACUAAUUGGAUUAUUCUUAUGGCAUUUAGUUUUGUGUAUGCGCAUACAUCUUUUUUUAAAAAUGGAAAUCAAUUUUUUUGAGUAAUUAUUUUUUCUCAAAUUUUUUUUUUAUGAAUUUUAAUGACUAAACCAACUUCCUAAAUAAAAAAGUAGUAGAGUUAUGAAUAUUUAAAUGUUUGAUAUUUUUUAAUUAUUCACCAAUUUGAUGAUUUUAAUUUUUUUAUUCUUACACCAUAUGAUAUCUUUUAGUUUUAUUUUUAAUUUUUUGGGGGAAGAUUACUCUCCCUCUACCAGAAUACUAGGAUUAAUCUUAAUUUUUUUUUUUUAUUAUUUAUCUCUGUGUGAUUUAAACAAAAAAAAAACAAUAAUAUACAAUUUAUUUUAAUUUUCAUAGUUUAAGAUAACAUUGAUUUAUCUUAUAAUUUGUUCAAACCGAUGCCCAUUAUGAUUUAAGCAUGUUUCUGCCAUCCAUAAAAAUCCCCAUUUGUUACAGUUAAAAUUCUGCCCUUCAGUAAGUUGAAUAUACACUAUAUUUAUUUUCUAUUUCAAAUGCAUAAGACUAGUGUCCCAUUAGUUCCUAUCCAACAAUUUUUAAGUUAUCAGUCAAAUAAUUCCAUUAGUAUACGUAAGAGUAAAUUUUAGUGUUAGUAAUAGAAUAGCUAUCUUGAUCCCCUGAUCCUUCACCAUUAGACUACUUUUUGUGGGGAUAUCUAAAAUCUGUAAUCUAUGCAGAAUCACAUAUUAGUUUUAUAUGUUUGAAAGAGAAAAGAAAUAUAGUGUGUAUUCAACUUAUUGAAGGGCAAAUUUUAAUUGCAACAAGUUAGGAAUUUCUAAACAGAUACAUGCUAAAAUCGUGCUAAAAAUAUAAGUAGUUUGAAAAAUGUAUAAGAUGAAAAUGAAUGUAAUCUUGAACUAUACAAAGUAAAAUUAAAAACAUUUUUUGUAUGUUUUUCUUUAAUUACUCGGGGAUAUAAAUUAUAUAUAAUAUAUAUUAAAAAAGUAAAUUAUGGUAGGAUGAGAGGUUUAUAUGCUGUAAAAAUUAAUAAUUUAAGUCUUCAAAUUAGUGAAUUAUUUAAUUAUUUAAUUUAAAAAUGUCAAAAAAUAACAUCAAUAAUUUUUUAACUUAAAAAAUUGGUUCGACCAUUAAAACGUAUUAAAAAUAUGAGUAAAAAUAAUUACCCUGAAAAAAAGGGUGGGGUUUUUUUAGCAAAACAUUUUUUUUUAUGCGCGUGUGCAAAAUUGAAUAGCAUACAAAUCAUUUAAUUAGUUUCAUAAGUGUACAACAAAGUAUUUUAGGCAUCCAAAAAAAUAGAAUUCAAAUAUAUUUAAUCUGGAUAGUUAUAGAAUGUUUCUAAAUCAUACUUAUACGCUGUAUACUAAUGUAUAAUAAUAUAUAUAUUUUGUAUUUAUUUAAUUCUUUUAACUUAUAAAAAAUAGUUCUGUCAUAUCUGUAGGUAUGGUGUAUAAAUUAAGUAAUAAAAUAAAUUUCAGAAUAUAUUUUAUGUUGUAGAUCAAACUUUGGUGUCUGUAGAUUUUUGUCAAAUUGAGUUACGGGUGCUUGCUCAUUUAUCCAAAGACUCUACAUUAUUAGCUGCUCUUAAUGCUCCUGGCGAUGUUUUUAUAAAUUUAUCAUCCAAAUGGCACAAGAUUCCAGAAAAUGAGGUUUGUAUAUUUAAAAGGGAAUAUUUUAUAAAAAGAAAUAUGUGAUAAUAAUGUUUACUAAUAUUACUUGAUUAGGUGUGUGAUGAACUAAGACAAAAAACCAAACAAGUAUGUUAUGGUAUGUUAUAUGGUAUGGGUGCAUUGAGUUUAAGUGAAUCUUUACACAUUACUGAAGAUGAAGCACAGAAACUGAUAUCAGAAUUUAAAAGUACAUUUUCUGGUGUUACUAAAUUUUUUAAUGAAUGUGUGACACAAUGUAGAUCAAUAGGGUUGGUAAAAACACUGAGUGGACGUAUAAGACAUUUACCAGAUAUUAACAGUGAAGUACAAAAAAUCAAAUGUAUGCUUUCUUUUUUUAUUAACUAUGAAUAGAUGAACAGUGUUUAGUGUAUUAUUAUAUGAUUAUAGCUCAUGCAGAACGACAAGCAAUCAAUACAAUUAUUCAAGGAAGUGCUGCAGAUGUAGUUAAAAUGGCUAUGAUUAAAGUUGAUAAAAUCGUUAAUCAAGGUUUCCCUGAGCCUCGUAUACACUUAGUUAUGCACUUACAUGAUGAACUUAUUUUUGAAGUAAUCAAAUGUUUUUAUUUUGGUGUAUUGUAUUAAUUAACAUAAAUAUAAUGAAUAAAUAAUUUUGCUAUUUUAUUAUUUUUACAGGUGCUGAGUUCAGAUGUUGAUGAAGCUUGCUCAAUAAUUGUCAAAACCAUGGAGACUGCAGUAAAUUUAUGUGUACCUAUGCCUGUGAAAUUGAGAAAAGGUUCUUCGUGGGGUGAUCUAAAAUAAUGAUCUCAUUUUCAACCGUUUUGUUUAAUGAACAAUAAAAAUAUUAAUUUUUUUUCAUUUAAUUAGGAAAAAUCAAUAUUUUAUAUUGUCUAUUAAUUGAUUUUACUUUUUUUUUCUUUUUUUUUUUUACAAACCUAUGUUCUAAUUAAAUUUUUGUUUUGUUUUUAAUGUUAUCUAAUACCCACUAUUUGUUGUAUUAUACAUAUGCCAUUAUUGUCUUUUUUUAUCAAUAUUUUAAUCUUUAACCUAUAUGUUAAUAAUUAAUUUAGUUGCACUGAUUUGUUUAGUUAAUGAUUCAAAUUAGUCAAUGUUAACAUUCAUAUUGUCCCAGUUAAUACAUUUUGUAUGAACGGGGACCAUAUUAUAUUAGUUAUAAAAUAUUCUUUUGAAAAGAUUUUUUUGUUUGUAUGUAAUAUUUGUAAUUGAAUUAUAAUAUAUAUGUAUAUUUUGAAUUUUG